AUGGCCGACCGCACGCACCUUCACAGAGCCGCCCAGCGAGGAGACAUCGGCGCGGUCCGCGCCCUGGUCCAGGCGGUCGACGUCAACCUCCGGGGCGGCUGGCGGGUAGAGUCCCCCCUCCACGCUGCCUCCAGGGCCGGCAAGCCGGACGUCAUCGCGUGCCUCGUGGGAGCCGGGGCCCACACCGAGGUCCGAGACCGGAACAACGACACCCCCUUGCUCCUUGCGGCGUGGCUCGGGCACGCGACGGCCAUAGCGAAGCUCCUCGCCUCCGGCGCCCGGGUCGACGCCGACGGGAUCCCCCGCAGCGCCCUGCACUGCGCGUGCAUGCAGGGGCACGCGGCCUGCGUCUCGGAGCUGCUGCGAGGAGGGGCCGACGAGACCGUCGAGGACGAAGACGGCAACUCCCCGGCCCAGGUCAUCGGCACCAUGUCCGAGUCCCUGGAGCGCGCCGAGGACAUCGUGCUCAUCCGCGAGAUGCUCCGCCGCGCCCCGGCCGACCGCGCCUGGCGGCGCCGCGGGUGGCUGGUCAUGCUGAGGAACCGCGACUGCGUCGCAGCGGGCCUCCUGCCAUCCGCGCGGCCGCCGCCGACUACGGUAACGACCAGGAGCGCCGCGAGACGCGGAGCUCGGGUCUGGGCGAUCGACGGUGGCGGCAGCAGGUCUAUCGCCGGGGCGGCGACGUCGCCGGGGUUCUUCGAAGGGCAGGGCCUUACGACCGGCCAUAUUCGUAAUCAUCAUCAGCUGAAAGUGCAUGGGAAGAAGAAGAGCUUUGGGGCACCGGGUGUGACGGUUGCUGGUAGUCGCGGCGGGGGCGGGAAGGCGCCGCGCAGCAGACGGUCGCCAUCGGCGGGGGGGAGCAGCGGCAGCGGUAGCUUCUGCCCGCCGGGCAAAGGACACGUUUCGAGUAACAAGAAACGGCCAAGAGGAGCGGCGAAACGUCGGGUCGGAAAACGCGGCCGAGGCGGUGCCGAGAGCGAAGAAGAGCUAGCAGGUAGACAGGCUCUGGCGAGCCUCGUCGCGCGACUGAUCGGACUCGGGGAGGAAGGCGCGUUCCGCUGCGUGCUAAGCUUCCUUUGA